AUAAACUGCCGAGUUUCACUCGUGAAGCCGCCGAACGUUCAGCCCAUUAGACCGGAAUGCCAAGAAGCGGGCGCCGCGGGGCCUUCCGCCGCUCCGCCCGCAAAAAACGACGUCAGUGGGUAAACUCAUUCCGACCCUAGUUCCCUCACAUUGUACGCUCUGUUCCGGCUUUAUGGUAAUGGUAUUUGCUAAUUGAAGGGUUGCUGGCAAAUUGAGGCUAAAGUUAUACCUCGAAUUGGCGCUUAUCGCAUCACAAACCGAGCCUUUACCGGUUUCUGAGCUGCUAUACUCUCUAGUAGCUUACCUCAUCUCAUCUCAUCCCAUCGAGUUUCAUUUCAUGUCAUUUGGUCGCUCAUUGACAUCUUGUUCUUUCAUAAGAUGCCGCCACGCGCAUCGCUGAAAACUUUCCUUGCCACGGCACGCGCAGCGCUCACUGCACAGUCGUCGAAGAGGGCUACGCCUCUUACCUUUGUUGUGGGCAACGAGUCAGCUGAUCUUGAUUCUCUUUGCUCAGCGCUGCUGCUAGCUUACUUUAACACGUACGCGCCUCCUAAGAGACGGGCCUCAAUCGGGGAGGGGAGUCUAGCUUCUAACACACUGCACAUUCCCGUGUGUCAUCUCCUCCGCGCCGACCUCGCGCUGCGCCCGGAGUUCACUGCUGUGUUGCGCGACGCGGGUGUGAAGGGUGAGGAUGUGUUCACGCUUGAAGACGUACUACCACACGAGAAUGGCGUGUCUCAAUCCGACAACACGGAAGAUUCAACACAUAGACCCUCCUCGGGCACAACGACGAAGGGAAUGAACCCCGAGGAUACCCACUGGCUCCUUGUAGACCACAAUGCUAUGACAGGCUCUCUGGCGAAUACCUUCGCAUCCCGCGUCACGGGAUGCGUAGACCACCACGCCGACGAGAACACCAUACCGCGCGACGCACAGCCCCGCGUCAUCGAGAAGAGCGGGAGUUGCGCGAGUCUGGUACUCGAGCACUGCGCCGAGAUAUGGGAGGCGCUCAGCCCCGACGAGACAACCGAUGGAAAUCGAAAUACGAGCGGAAACGAUGAAGACGACGCGAAGAAGGUCGACGCGCAGAUCGCACGUCUCGCGCUCGCGCCUAUCUUGAUCGAUACGAUUAACCUAGGGGACAAGAACAAGACGACGGAGCACGACGAGCGCGCCGUGGCUCUCGCGGAAGGGAAGAUUGCGGCGGCCGUGGAAGGGGGUGGAGGGGAGAAAUACGAUCGCGAGGCGUUCUUCAAGAGACUCGCGGAGCUCAAGGAGGAUAUCGCCGAUAUGUCCUUUCGCGACGUCUUCCGGAAGGAUUACAAGGAGUGGAGCGUGGCGGGCUUGGAUCUAGGGACGUCUUCUGUGCCGCGGGGGUUCGGAUACCUCGUGGAUGAGAAGGCGAAGGGUGAUAAGGGUGUUUUCGUCAAGGCGUUGGUGGAUUGGGGCAAGGAGAAAGAUGUGCUUGAUCUGGAGGACAAGAUGGAUGUCGUUAUGCUGCUUACGGCGUUCCAGGAUGAGAACGAGGUGUUUCACAGGGAGUUGCUUGUUUGGGGACGGAGUGAGAUGGGGGUUCGCGCUGCGAAGUUGUUUGAGGAGAAGUAUGCGGGCGAGUUGAGGUUGGAAAGCUGGGGUGAUGGUGCGUUGGAUGAGGAUGGUGAGGGCGAGUGGCGGCGGUGCUGGAUGCAGGGCGCUGUGCAGCAUAGUAGGAAGCAGAUUGCGCCUUUGCUACGGGAUGUGCUUAAGGAGGUGGCUGGUCGAUGAUGAUUCAGAAGACAGAGGAUUGGCGAUGGAAGUGAUAAUAGAAUGGCCAGAGCAAGCUGCGAAUGUCUAAGACGGUUAGGUGAUAUCGUGUUCUGCCUAGUACGACCUCGAGUGAAGGUUACGACGAUGCUCGAUACGUAUUACCUGCAAGUCAUAUGUAGCGAGAAUAAGGAGGUCGAGAACUGCAUUCUCAAUACGAAGCAAUAUACACAACAGCUUCUUCAACGUCGUGUCCUCGCACUACAUAACCCAUUCCUCAACCCCAAACUUCAAGCACAUCCUAAAUAGCAGCAACAAUAGCAUCCAAAUACUUCGCUA